GCCUCGGAGUUUUAUGAGUCGUUGCGAUAAAAUUUACUAUACAGUAAAAGACAUAUUGGGACACAGUGCCUUUACUUUAUAUUCUGAAGAAACCAGUUUGCUCUAAGAGAAAAAGAAAAUAAUCAUAGAGGAGCAUGUGUUACCCUAUGUCAUGUUUACUCAUCGGUGCUGUUGUGAUGUCUCUCUUCUGUACCGGAAUUGGCAAUUUUAAUCCAUCAAAUGAUAAUGUUCAUGAUUUGGCCAAUUUGGUGGCAAAGGGAGAUAUAUUGAUUGACACCGUCCAUGAUUAUCUUCAGGGAGAGGAAAAGCGAUUAGCCACUCUCAGGAUGCACAUGGAAGAUUACUCGAAGGAACACGGCAGAGGAAUACGAAAAGUCGCUCGAAUUUUAAGGGGAGCAAAUGAAGACAAUUCGGUAAAUGAUGAUGAGAAGAAUAAGGAAGAAGCUGUUGAAAGUGACCCCGAGUAUAAUUGGCCAAAGUACACGAGCCUUUGUGAUGGAGAAAUUUUACUACCUAUGGAUAUUCAGAAACAAUUAAAAUGCCGAUUUGUCGAUCGUGGUAUUCCUUUUCUCAGAAUAGUACCCUUUAAAGAAGAAGAAAUCGUUCUGGAUCCUAGAAUUGUUGUAUACCACGACGUAAUCUAUGAAGGGGAAAUAGAGCUCCUCCAAAAGUUGGCAAAACCCAAGUUAAAAGUUGCGCAAGUACUAAAUUUCGACGAGGAUGAAGGUUCUUUAGAGAAAACUACCCCAGACAGAGUUGGUCAAAUUGCCUGGAUUGAAGAUUACGAAAAUAAACUCGUGAAUAUUCUGAAUCGUCGAGUGGAGCAUAUGACAGGUUUGACGGCGAACUCAGUAGAACCAUUACAAAUAGGUUAUUAUGAAAUCGGGGGCCAUUAUUUACCACACUACGAUUUCAUAGAAAAAGAGUACCUCGACUCAGUCACAUAUUUUCAACGAAGGGGCAUUGGAAAUCGUAUAGCCACAGUUCUGUUUUAUCUAAAUGACGUCCCUAAAGGAGGUGGUACAGCUUUUCCUAACUUAGAUUUGAGCGUAUGGCCAAAAAAAGGUAGUGCAGUAUUCUGGCACAACCUUAAACGAAAUGGAGAAGGAGAUACUUUAACUUUACAUGGAGCAUGUCCAGUAAUUUCUGGAACAAAAUGGAUUGCGACUAUAUGGCUGCACGAAGUAGGCCAAGAAUUUCUCAGGCCCUGUACUUUAUUGGAAAAUGAAUAAGUAACCACGGUGAAAGGUGGUUUCAAGAAUCCAAAAUUAAUUCUCUGGAAUUCCAGAAAUUCUACAGAAUAUGGAAGUGAAAUAGAACAUGAGAAAUUAUUUUUAUUUAUUUUGAAGUUAAGUAUUACUUAAAACUUAUAAUAUGAAUUGUUUUAUAGAUAAUAUUGAUGUGUGUAUGUGUAUUCACCUUAUAGAAAAAUAAUAAAUAGGAUGUCACGUAAUAAGAGGA